GCACAAAAAUACGCGCCGCCUGUUUCAAGACUUCGCGUUAUGUUUCAAUGAUCUCUAAGGAGGAUCAAGAAGGUCUUUUAGAGGAAUGUCUAUGCACUGUUAGACAGUAUGCUUGUCAAAUGGAAUGCUGUCUGGAAAAAAGAUAUUUGGUUGACGCUAUACAACAUGCUGCUAAUAUGCUUUUGGAGAUGAAAAAUUAUUCUUUGUCACCAAAAGCGUACUAUGAGUUGUAUAUUGUUGUUACAGACAAACUACGCACUCUGGAAUCCUACCUUAUCGAAGAACACAAAAGUGGACGCAAGGUUUCAUAUUUAUAUGAAACAGUUCAAUAUAUUUCAAAUAUUCUUCCUAGAUUGUACUUACUUAUUACUGUUGGAGUUUAUCAUAUUAAAUGUUCCGACCUGUCGCGACGUGAAAUUCUUCGUGAUCUGGUAGAAAUGUGUUCUGGUGUACAGCAUCCUACAAGAGGUCUUUUUUUGAGAAGUUAUCUAUUGCAAUCACUACGAAGUGAUCUUCUCCCAGAUAUUGAGGACUCACCAUCAACACAUGCAGCUGUAAAUGAAACGGAAGAUGAUAGCAACAAAACUAGUGGUAAAUUAUCACCUGAUGAGAAUAAACUAGACGAUAACAAUAAUAUUAAUGAUGAUGGUGAACAAAAGAUUAAUCAAAAAUCAAUUCAUGUUUACUCACAAGGGACAAUUGCUGAUAGUAUAAACUUCCUAUUAUUCAAUUUUUCGGAAAUGAAUAAACUUUGGGUACGAAUGCAACAUCAAGGACAUACCAGAGACCGUGAAAAGCGAGAACAAGAACGUCGAGAAUUACGUAUACUUGUUGGUGCAAAUUUGAAUCGAUUAUCCCAAUUAGAAUCAAUCGAUGUUGAGCGAUAUAAAACACAAGUCCUACCACCGAUUUUGGAACAGAUUAUUGAAUGCCGUGAUGUUAUCGCACAAGAAUAUCUCAUGGAUGUGGUCAUACAGGUUUUUCCUGAUGAGUUUCAUUUGGCCACCUUACCUCUGUUGUUGCGUACUUGUAAUCAUUUACAAGCUGGUGUGAAAUUGAAACCGAUUGUUUGCAGUCUUAUCGAUCGUUUGUCUAAACAUGUAGCUACUGAAUUAGAAGCUGGACGUGAAUUAAAAAUUGAAGUAUCAUGCAAUAAUUAUUCACCAAUUAAAGCAAAACCGUCUUGUAAUAAUAUCAACGGUAAUGAUGAUGAUAAUAAUAAUAACGGCAAUCAUUCUUCUCUACAUAAUGAAGAAGAUAUAUCUUUAUCAACAGUUUAUGAUGUUCAAUUAAAAAACUCUAAUCAAAAUCAAGAGAACAUAAUAAAGAAUGAAAUGAAUACUUCUAUUAAUAUUGAUGAAACUUCCAUGUCAACAAAAACAACAACAACAACUGAUCUUUUCUCAUUAUUCUUCUAUGAAGUAAAUCAAAUUAUUCAUGCACGUUUAACAUUAUGUGAAUUAACAUUGAAUAAUUUACAAUUAUCAUCGUCAUCAUCAUCAUCUAACAAUAAUAAUAAUAAUAAUAUGAAAACUCGUCCUACAAUACAAACUGUAGCAAUAAUGAAUGGUUUACCAUUAGAAGAUAUUCCAGCAUUUUAUUCAGUUUUAGUUUAUUUAGCUAUGAUAAUUCAUCCAAAUAAUUGUUCUUCCUUAAUUGAUAUUUGUUUAAAUGCUACAGCGGAUGCAUUGAAUCAUGUUGGUCUAGUUCUAAUACCUUCAGGAUCUUCAUUAUCACGUGAUUUACUUCGCCUCCUGUAUCUACCAUUAGAUGGUACAUUUCCCCAAUCAAUGAGUGGUGCUCAUCGUAUAAGUGCUCCUAUAUCAUCACUUAGCGAUUUACGCACAGUGCUAGGAAUGUCCGGAUUUCGACGUUUAGUUUCAUUAUUAGAUCCAAAAACUACUAAAUGUCGAUUAGCUUAUGAUCUAUUGAAUGCUGCUUUAGAACGUGAUCAACGUCAGCGUCAAGUGUUACAAUUUACUCAAAAUAAUUAUAAACAUGAUAUAAAUAAAGAUUCAUCAUCGUCAUGUGCUCAUUUAUCAUCACGUUUGACUACUGAAGCAGAUCUAGAUAAUUUAUUUGAAUUAAUUGAUGGAUUGUUAACAACUGAUCCUAAUGCAUGUGAAGAUCCAAAUGAAUUUAUUGAUGCACAAAGUUUAAUAGCUGGUAUGCUACAUAUUCUAGGACCAAGUCCUAAAAGUCUAGAUCCAGAUAUAUGUUUCAAAUUGUUUACAAAAGCUCAAUUACGUUUAGAACAAGCUGGACACGCAAUUGUUCGUUUUAAUUUUCCUGCACUUGUUUUUCAAAGUCUUCAAUUAAUACAAACCUAUUAUGAAUUACGUAAUCAAAAUUCUAAUUGGGAAGAUAGUGUUACAAAUGUAGUGAGAUUUUGUCAUCGUUGUUGUACAUGUUUAGUAGCAGCUGAUGCAUCUGAAUCAGCCUUACGAUUAUUUUUAUACUCAGCACUGGUAAUUGAUAAAAUACAAUUUACCAAUCAAGAAUCAAUGAUAUAUGAGUUUAUUUCACAAGCGCUUACACUUUACGAAGAAGCUGUUUCAGAUUCUCAUGCACAAGUUGAAGCAAUUGCAUUAAUUACUAGUACUUUAUAUCAAAUUAAUUGUUUCACUGGUGAUAAUCAAUCUACAUUACGUACUCAAUGUACACGAGCUGCAGCACGUCUACUACGUAAACAUGAUCAAUGUCGAGCAGUUUGUGCAAGUACACAUUUAUAUUGGCCAACUAAACCAUUACUUAGGAAAGGAAUUAAGCCAAGUCUACUUAUCCCUGUGACAGAUAAUAAUCCUGAAAUUUCAACUUAUGCAAAAUUAUCUGAAACGGAAGAAUUAUCAGAUGAAUAUUACAAUAAAUUACGUGAUCCAAAAGGUGUGAUUUCAUGCUUAGAUCGAGCGGCUAGAUUUGCCAAAGAAUGUAUGGAUAGUGCUGUUCGUGCACAAUUAUUUAUUGAUAUUCUUAAUCUAUCUGUUAAUCUUCGUUUAUCCGGUUGUGAACAAGUAAAUAUGAUUUUAUUAUUGUUAUCUUGUAUUUUUAUUUCGCGCCUCCUAUUUUUGCUACAGAUUAAUAUUAAUGUGAUAAUAUUUUGUUUGCAAACUAUUCAAGAGGAGUAAAUCACAUUGAUUUCUUAACCAAUACUUGAACAUUAUCGCUUUAACCAUUAUAUAUACAUUUUUGACCAGUGUUUACUUGACCAUUACAUUUUCAAUCAGCUACAACAUAGGACCAGGCACAUAUAUACAUCAGUUCAAGUUGCCAUACCUCAUUAGCACAACAUGAUGAAUAUCGGAUUCAUAAAAGUAGUUAAUUCAGUGGUGGUAAUAUAUAAUAGAAAGAUUGUGUAUAAGGAUGUAGUACAGGAAGAAAGAAUUAGUUGAUAGAAAGAAAGAUAUGAAGUGAUUUUAAUCUCAUAGUUUAAAGGAAGACAGAGAGUGUAUAUGCCAUUACUAUCCACGAACAUAAAAGAACCAAUAUAGGAAGGAUUAUAGCUAGAUGUUAAGAAACAAAAGCAUUUUAAGAUUUUAGUGCGAUUAUUUUCAUUAUUUUGGAAUUACUCUAUGCUUAGCGAACAAAACUGGUCACCUGUCAGUCUAUUUUUAUAAGUCUUGUCGAUCAUAGUAUUUAUUCGACUGCUUUCUUUAAAAAUGAAAGUAAUUACUCUAGUACUAUCGCUUCUGACAAUUUCAAAUCUCUACGUAAAUUUGAAAAUGAGUUAUCUAUCAGAAUGUAUUCUACGCUACCUUGUAUAUACCCAACAAAUGAUUCUCCACAACUAAUUAUUAAAAUAUAAUGGGUAAUGUGUUGGUCAAAGUGUACCGUGAUCAACUCAGGAACGAAGACAGACAUAUCCAGCUUUAUUAUGCAUGUGAAUUUGACUCCACUCUAAAUUCACUUACUGACUGACUGCUCGUAGCUUAGUGUUCAUAAACUAUUAUUUGACUUAAUUCGAUCCUCGAAUUGUCGAAUGAUCGUGUCGAUCCGAGUAUCACGUAACCCACUAUCAUAGUCUAGUGAUCUAUUGAGUUUAUUGUUGAAGUAUCCAGUCUAAUAUCUAGUGUGUUAUCAAGUAACCCACUAUCGAAUGCAAGGCUACGAUGAAUCAAGCUCACUUCCGUUAUACCAAUGGGAUCGAGAAUAUCUUUAAUGUUUUCCAAUUUUUCGUUCUUUGCUUUCAAAUUGUCAGGAGUUAAUUUCUUGUCAAAAUUCAUACUCAUUUAUAGUGGAUGAUGUUUUGAAGCAUAUCGUUGUACAGCGUUAAAACUGAAAGUAGCAACUUAUGGUAAUCCAUUUGACUCCAAUGAAAUAUAGGUCACUGGUUCAAUCUUAUAUAUUCUUAAUCAUGUCUUAUUGACCAACGGAAUAAUAAAAAUUGGAUACGAAAUGCCAUUGAAACAGUACAUUUCCUGAUAAACCAUGAGGGGGCAAACAUGUGUAAUAUGAAUAUUGGUCUGGGCCAAAGUUGUACGCCUGACGCAGCAGUAAGGUGUUUUCCACAGACAACUAGUAUACUGCAGCCGUUCUAUGACGGGACAAGGCUAAAAACGACCGAGUACGGCGCAUAUAUAUUUGGUGCCCCCUUGUACUAAUAUUUAUGUGUUCAAAUAAAUUUUUUUUUAAAAGAAGACCUACCUUGAAAAUGAUACUUCAUCUUGUUCUAGAUUCCCGUCACCGAGUCCUUAAAGGGACAGAGCUAACGUAUCUAGAACCUUCACAAAGUAAACUGUUUGUCAAUGGCCUGAAAAAAUUUGUUCCUUAAACCACGCUUCCAAGUCGUUAGGACCUACUCCCAACACAGAAUCAUUUUAGGUACUUCGUGUAGUAGUAUAGGCAGCUGAUAAAUGAUAUCCGCCCUCAUACUUCUGACAGAGCUCGAGAUCAGCUUAUUCAUGGUGCUCAAAUGCAUAUUUUGACUGAAUAAUAAAUGCACUGAUGAAUCACUUAGUGAACCAACUAUCAUCAUUAAAGAUGGUUCCUAUUUUCAUUUGAUUAUUACCGGUCAGUCUUGUUUAUCUUCCUGUUACAAUUGUUUUAUAUUAUUCUAUUUAUACUUUUCACUUACAAAUACAUUUUCGCCAUGUUCUGUUUUGUCUUUUUUUUUUCUUUACAGAUAACUGAUGACCGAAUAAAUGAUAUCAUUAGUGAGAUUAGAAAUUUACUGAACAGUUUGGAACCAUCUCCUGUCACUGAUCAUAUAACAGUACAUUUUAAGAAUACUUUAAAUUAUAUACGAUAUGAACAACAACAACAGACUACUACUGCUGUCAGUGAUUCAGUCAGCAUCAGUGUUGAUACUGAUCCCGAUGUUCAGUCAUUAAGUAGCAAACUAUUUGAAUCUGUUCAAUUAUAAUGACAGAAUGGUUCUGUUUACUAUUAUUAAUAUUCUUAUUACAUAAUGUGUAAUAAUUUAGUUCAGAAAAAUAACUGACAUUUCUUUCUUUUGAAAAAUACAACUAUUGACUACUAGUCUCACAGGAUCUUGUGUUUCUAUAUGUUUUGUGGGUGUAUUUUCAUUCCGAGUGAUUUAACAGAGAGAAAACGAUGCCAAACGGUGAUCUUACAAAUCAUUUCAAUUCAUCUGCUUAAUUUAUUUGUUUUUUAUAUAUAUCACAUAAAUUCGUCUUCCUUUGGGGACCUUCAUACUUUGUCUGUCAGAUAUAUACAUGGUGUAUACAGAUACACAUAAAUAACCCCGUCAUGUAUGAUUGGUGAUUUAUAGUUGUCCAAAACCUGCAUUUUGAUUUCUCUCAAUUUUAUUAAUUAUGUAACUUUCAUUUAUUGUGACAAAGAAAUUGUGUUGCUAUGCUAAACUUUCUUGACAAAUGUUGUCUUUCGUGUAGACAUUUAAUAUUGUACCACAUUAAAUGAAUAUUAUCUCUCAAGCUUCCUUCCUUUCCAAAGAAUCAUUUAUGUCUGUCUCUGUUUGCAAAACUAGUUUUAUGACUGUCCAUUCCUAUUAAAUAUGCUGAUCUUUACUUCACUAGUCAUAUAAAAAGAUGAUUUCAUUUUUUUUUCUUAAUUUGAUUUAACACUACUUACGAUUCGAAUACAUGUUAGUUUCUGAGUAGAUUC